CUAAGGGAGCUAACCUUUUACUCCUAAACGAAAGUCCUUUCAGAUAGGUACCGUGUCACCACCAAACCCCACAAAAGAGAAACCUGCCAGGUGCCACUCUACACUCGGAAUUUCCACUCCUCACAAAAUCCGACCUGCCAGGGUGAAUCACCGUCUCCCCAGAAGCUGAACCCCUAAAGUUCCAUCCCCUAUUGCGGAUAUAUUAGGAGAAACAAGUCCUUGAUAUACUCCCACUGAAAGAGUGAUAAACCCUAACAUUAUGCACUAGAGGCUUUGAAAUUUCUCUUUAAACCCCGGAAUUUCACUUUCCAAAUUCGUCUCUCGUUUCCACUGAUUUGUCAUCAACUUCUUUUCCAUCGUUACUCUAACAGGCAAAACAACUAUGGAGGUAGUUGAUCAACCUCCGUUGUUCUCGAUAAAGAAGUUACUGCAAAAUUUCUAAAAAACCAACCCCGAUUUUAGAAAAUCCUCAACCUAAUGAACCCCUAGAAGUGGAAAAAUCGUGUGACCCUGAAUCAUAUACUCUUAGUUUCGCUGAUCUUGGUUUAGCUGACUGGGCUACUCGAACAUGCAAGGAGCUUGGAAUGAAGAAACCCACACAAGUUCAACAUCACUGUAUUCCUAGAAUUCUUGCUGGUCAAGAUGUUUUAGGUUUAGCUCAGACAGGUAGUGGGAAGACAGCGGCUUUUGCAUUACCUAUUUUGAACCUCCUUGCAGAAAACCCCUACGGUGUGUUUGCUUUGGCGAUAACACCUAAUAGGGAGCCGGCAUACCAAUUGGCAGAGCAGUUCAGGGCACUUGGAGCAUCCUUGCACCUACGAUGUGCUGUUGUUGUUGGAGGGAUGGAUAUGAUCAGUCAAGCACAAGCUUUGAUGCAACGCCCACAUGUUGUGAUAGCGACACCAGGGAGGAUAAAAGACCUCCUUGAACAGAAUCCAGAUUUUCCAUCUGUCUUCUCGAAGACCAAGUUUCUAGUUUUAGAUGAGGCCGCUAGAGUUUUGGAUGUUGGUUUUGAGAAGGAACUGAGUGCAAUAUUUCAGUACUUGCCUAAAGAUAGACAAACUCUGUUGUUUUCUGCGACAAUGACAGAAAACUUACAAACACUGCUUGAGGUUUCUGCAAACAACGCAUACUUUUACGAGCAGUAUGAGGGAUUUAAAACUGUUGAAUUUCUUAAACAACAGUAUGUUUUUGUUCCGAAAAACGUGAAAGAUGUUUAUCUGCUUUACAUUUUGUCAAAAAUGGAGGACAUGGGCGUUCGCUCUGCCAUAAUAUUUGUUUCUACAUGCAGGAGUUGUCACCUUCUUAGUUUGUUACUGGAAGAACUUGAACAACCAGCAGUGGGAUUGCAUUCGCACAAGUCCCAGGCUCUAAGACUGUCUGCACUACAUCGAUUCAAAUCUGGUCAGACUCCCAUUCUACUGGCAACAGACGUGGCUAGUCGCGGUUUAGACAUUCCAACAGUUGAUCUUGUCAUAAAUUAUGAUAUUCCGAGAUAUGCUAGAGACUACAUUCAUCGUGUUGGGCGUACAGCUAGAGCAGGCAGAGGAGGGCUGGCUGUGAGCUUUGUUACUCAGAACGAUGUAGAUCUUAUUCAUGGAAUAGAGGCUUUCGUUGGGAAGCAGUUGGAUAAGUUUGAAUGCAAAGAAAAUGAUGUUCUUGCGGACAUUACUAAGGUUUACAAAGCUAAACGUAUUGAAACUAUGAAGAUGAUGGAUGACGGUUUCGAACAAAAAGCAGAAGAACGAAAGGCCCAGAAGCUAAAAACACUAUCAGAGAAAGGAUUGUUGAAAGAAAAGGCUAAUAUUAAGAAGAGAAGAAGAACCAAAACUACCUCUGCAGAAGAAUCCAAGUAGGAAAUUAUAUGCUUCAAAUGAUGAAAGUCUAAAGUUAGGAGGGUUGUAAUAUCAUCAUCGUUCUGAAGAUGAUGAACCAUCUAUAAGAUCUAGAUUACCUCCACGCGGAAAAGGUAAUUUCAUUCUUUGGUGUAUGCUUACUAUUUGUUUUUUUGUCCUCACAAAAAUGAAUUGUUUAGCUGCCAUAGUUCUAGAGUAUGUAUAUCUUACUAGUGAAUUGAUGAGUGUAUUUUGUUAUUUGAAUCUAGGAUCACAGGAUGAUCAUUGUAUUAAUGUUGAAACAUCAAAGACAAUUCCUGGCAGACAUGUAGUUACUCUCACAUUUAAGCCCUUUCCUAGGUAAUCUUUACAAGCUUCUUAUCAUUUGCAAGAAUUCAGUGAGUGUUUUGAUUACGACUGAAUGGAUUGGAAUUUGCUUUCACUAUAGAUGAAUGUUUGUCACCAUUUUGUUAAUCUAUGCUGGGGUUACGAAGAUUCUAAGUUUGAUUGUAAAUGCUAUGGCCAAGGUUAGCAUUCUCAAGGUGAAAGGAAGCUUAAUUUUUGUUUUGAACAUAGACUUGAAGUAAUACUCUAAUUUUUGCUCGAUCAAAUAGUAUUAUUGGCAGCUCUUGAGUAAGUGCAGUAUAGGCAAAUGCCAAAUGAUCAAUCCCUAUUAGGGUAGAUGUUAGUUCACCCCUGGAUAAUUGUAUGGGGUAUUUUAAGUGCUUUUAUGAAUUGCAGCAUCUUCCAUAUGUUUUCUUUGCUAAUUCUACCUUCAUUAUCGUUUGUCUGUCUUCAAUUUGUACUUGUACAAGGCUA